AGAGGAAAACAGUAAAUCAGAAAGCUGCGCACGUAAAGCCAAUUGGCUGCACGCCAUUAUCUGCUGCUGGCUGCACUUCACUGCACGCGCAAGGAUUUCCAUCAGUCCAACAUAACGGAAUCUUGUGUCGCGCCUGGUCUUUUUGCAAGAGAGGCAAUGGUCCUAGCAGUUAUUGCUGAGCAUUCUCUUCCUCUCAAAAUGGCACCUGUGUUCGUUGAGCUUAGCCAAUGCCUAGCUGCAGACAAGGCAGCACAAACCCAGUUGAAGCUAUCCCGCACUGCAGCUUCUUAUAAAAUGAUUUAUGGUUUGGGCCAAUCGUUCUCUGAGAACCUUCGCCAAUCUGCGUGCCUACCCAUUCUCUCUGAACAUUGACGAGAGUACAUCUAAUAGUUACAAGAAGGUCCUUUCCAUGCUUGUCAGCUAUUUUAACCCAGAACUAAAUGAUGUUGUGGUAGACCACCUGGGUUCUCUUGAAGUCUUAAGUCAGUGCAGCGAAUUUGGAGAGGGUUUUGUUUGUUUGUUUGUUUGUUUGUUUUUUUCAGGAAAAUAACAUUCCCUGGUCAAACCUUAUCAGCAUAAUGCUUGAUUCAUGUAAUGUAAUGCGUGGAAGCAAGUCAGGACUAGAGACAAGGAUACGCCAAAAACACUGCCCCACUCUUCUGGAUGUGGAUGGGGAUUCAUGUCAUCAUGUCCACAAUGCAGCAAAGACAUUCGCUGCUCCAUUCUCGAACUUCUUGGAGGCCCUCUUCACAGACAUCCAUACAGAUAAUCAAUGGGCAUCAGAUCAGUUGGAUUACUUGAAGAUAAUUUGCGAGUUCUUGGAUGUCCCUGCCACAAAUCCCCCAAGAUUUAUCUCCCAUCGCUGGCUGUCAGCAUAUGAUGUUGGAUUUAGCACCAAAAGAAUGCUACCAGCACUAAGGAUACUUUACGAUGGUUUCAUGAAGAAGCAGGACCAAGAUGUGUACAAGGAGGUUCUACAAGACAUGUACAGAGAGCAUGAAGUGAGUGACCAGGCUCAAAGGAGGAUUGAAUUAAUUCACAAGGAUCUCUGCAAGAAGGCAGUGACUGAUCAGGGGAAGAAUAAGAAGGCCCGAAUUUGUCAAAAGAUUUGGGUGGAAAGCCGAAAAGUGGACUUGCAUCUUAGUGUCUACCUGGGUGUUCUCCCAAUUUUGAAAGAAUGUCAUGGUCUUUCAAGUGAGUAUUUUCAUAUACAGUAUAAUGCAACAAAUCAACAUAGAGGUUUCUGAUAUUUAUAGAAACAGCAGCAAGUUCAGUGUGUUCUAAAAUACUUUGUGUCCAUCAAAGGGAAACAAAACUCUGGUGCACAAGCUGCAUGACAAGCAGCUUGAGGUUUGUCAACUUUUUGGCCUGCUUCAUAAAGCCUGAGCACCUAAAGA